AUGUUCUACACAAUUAUCAUAUCACCCUUCAAGGUGGACAUCAGGGGAUCGGCCGUACUUACGAUCGGAUCCUGGAUCAUUUUCAGUGGAGAGGAUUGCAGCGUGCACAGAGAUGUCGGUGAAUGGCGACCGCGGAUCCAAGGCGAAUUGCCGGGCAAUCUUCAAGCGACUUAUCCGUUCCAGAUCAUCGCUAUGGAUCACAUCCCCUCAAUGUCUAGAUCCUAUAAGGGUAACACCGAGCUGUUGAUCUUCGAGGAUCUCUUCUCUGGUUACGUGAUCGCCCAGGCGAGCGGAUCCAGGGCUGCUCAGACUAUGACAGAGUCCUACGAGGAAUGCGUGUUCCGCCAAUUUGGUGUCAGCUAG